AUGCUGCUAAUCGAGGAGGUAGCUGAGGAAAUUGUCGAGGAGAUCGUCUCAGUCGCCGAUACGCUUUCUGACGAUGAAAUUUCCGAGGAACUUGUUGAGGAGGCAGUCUCAGUUGCUAUUAUGCUCUCGGAUGAUGAAAUUGCUGAGGAACUGGAUGAAGAACUCGUCGAGGGGAUUAUGGAUGAAGAUUCAGUGCUUGAUGUAAUUGAACUGUCGCUGAUUGUUGAAGAUAUAGCCACAGAGCUCGUAGCGGAAGCAAAAGACGAUGAAGUAGUGAUAGAGACUGCAUAUGUGCUCGAUGGAAUCGAAUUAUACGAAGAGGUCGUCGAGAUUGACUCACUGCUCGACGUCCUCGGCUUACAUCUACUCGCAUUCGCUACCUCAUAA